AUGGCUGCUCCCGCCGAUGCCGACGCGAACGGCGGUCACCACCCCAGCAAGGACCGCGCUGCAUCGCAGGCCGCCGACAACGCGGACUAUGCGCGUGGCGGGUCUGCGGCGGGCGACGUGGCAGACGCUGCGCUCAGCUCAAAAUCCGACGUUGGCUACCGCGGCGAAAAGCAAGUCAAGCCGAACAAGGUCUACAUUGGCGGCCUGCCUGAACAUACUCGAAGAGAAGAUCUUGAAAGCUGCUUCGGCAAAAUUGGAAGCAUCGUGAACAUUGAAUUGAAAGUCGGAUAUGGCUUUGUGGAAUUUGAGACUCGUGAGGCAGCGGAGGAGAGCGUUGCGAAGUACCACGAAGGCUAUUUCAUGGGUAACAAGAUUCGUGUUGAACUUUCUCAUGGUGGUGGUAGAACGGCCAAGUACAGCGGCGACCCGGGAGCUUGCUUCAAGUGCGGCCAGCUGGGCCAUUGGGCCAGAGAAUGCCCGAACCAUCUGUCGACUAGCCGCCGCUCUAGUCACCAUCCUAGUGAUGCUCCUCUCAUUGACCGAAUCCAGCCACCCCGUGACUAUCCGGCACCUCCUAGAGACUAUCCUCCUUACCGUGAUGAGUACCGCUAUCCCCCUGCACCUCCCAGAGAUGCUCGCUACGGAGAGUAUCGCGACUAUCCUCCGCCGCCUGCUAGGUCUGCGCGUGACUAUGAUGAUUACAGAAUGAGAGGCCCACCGCCUCCUCCUUUGCCGCCACCAGCUCGCUAUGAAUCUCGUCCAGGUUAUUACGCUCCUGAUGCCGACGUUCCGCCGCCUGGCUAUCCUCCCCGUGGCUAUCCUCCUCCGCCCCCGCGCGAUUACUACGACCGCUACGAGCGGCGUGCGGCUCCGCCUGCUGAUCGCUAUGCCUCUUAUCCUCCGCCCCCUGCUGCGAGACCUAGAACUCCGCCUGGUGGACCUUCGGCUCGUUCUCGUGAUGAUUACGAACGGCCUCCUCGCGACUACGUUGCUCCCGCUGCAGAUGUGCGCGGCCGACCGGCAUCACCUCCCCCUCCUACCUCUUCGCGUUAUGCAGAGUACCCUGCCAGGGCGGGCAGCUCUGAGGCACCUACUCGAUACCGCCGUCGCUCGCAAAGUCCUCCCCCUCGCUCAUCUACUGGCGCUUACGAAGCAGGCUACUCGGGUUCUGGCGGCGCUCCCUAUAAUGGCAACUCUUCUGGCGGCUACGCGGGCGCGGGUGGUGGCUACACCAAUGGCAGCUCUGCAGCUCCUCCUAGGGGUUCUGGCUCUGGCAGGGACUACCCGGCACGCAGCUCUCGCGACGUCGAACCUAGUGCUAGCUACAGGCGGCCGUGA